GAUCGGAGGUGUCCGAUCUUGGAUGGCUCGCAGCCGCCGUAAUCUAAAUGACAGCCGACCGGACAGCCCCGACAGUGGGGAAGGCAGCUCAGACGAGCGGAGCGUCAAGGAACCAUCGCGCGCCCAGUCGCGAGGCCGGCGGGGCAAACAAGUCGAGCCCGUAGAUGCCCAGAUGGAGGAUCGGACGCAAUAAGCGCCCUAUUUGUCGCGGCGUUUUCAAGCUGUCGCGUAACGCUAUGCUGGGUUUGUAACGUCGUCUCAUUCGGUCCAGAUGCUAUUUUUCACAGCCCUUGGAAACAAGAUUUCAGAUUUUCGCUUCAUUGCUCAGCUCUCUUUGGUGCCGUUGGGCGUGUGCUGCUCGUACCUGGUACAAGAGAGUGGCAGGCAAGCAAACGACGCGCCGCCGUUCGGCCCGCCCUGCUCUUGCCGCAUCAUACGCUUAUCUGACAGCGAGAUGCGAUGCGGUGGCGCGGCUGCGGUGUUCGCCUUACCUUACGACUGUUGUAAUACGAAAGUGUGUUUUUUGAAUGACGGUGUUUCCAUCCCAUCUCCUCAUUAUAUGUCAGUGCUGAUGCGUAGGGCUAUUUUGCUUGCUACUGAUAUACUCACUCAUCACUCUUCUGCUUUCCACGCGGUACUUUUUGAGCAUUGCCAGUUGUUCGAGAUGAUGAAUUGUUCAAGAGAGCAAUCAGGGUGGUUGUUUGGGGCGUUCUUUAUCAGUGCGGUGCCUGCCUACUUAGAUCUUUGAGAUCGAUCUCUUUCUGUUCUGACGCUAGACGAUCGUUCGUUGUUCGCAGGACUAAGGCUUGAGACACGACAAGAUACAAGUAUCGUACUGCUUUGCGGAGCUCCAAGACGCCUAAGACAUAGGGACUGUCGGCUUACAUACCUCGCUAUUCAUAUCUCGAGACGACAUCGUCGUUCGUACCAACCUUGGAAC